ACAUUGUCACUGCUUUUAUGUGAUUUGUCCAGAGUUAAAAUCUCUAGUCCAAAGCGACAGAUUAUGAUGUCCAAAUAUUUUCUGUCUCGAUUCUUAAGCACUUCACUUCUCUUUCUAAUUUCCAUUUAUGGAAACUACUGCAGUGAUUAUGACAUACAUCAGAUAUUAAGGUCAGCUCAAGAACAUAAAGAUUGGUUAGUAUCAACCAGAAGACAAAUCCAUGAAAACCCAGAACUUAGAUUUGAAGAAUACAAUACAAGCGCUCUUAUUCGCACUGAACUCGAUAAGCUUGGCAUUUCUUAUGAAUACCCGGUUGCUAAAACUGGCGUUGUUGCGCAAAUUGGCUCCGGUUCUCGUCCUGUUGUGGCUCUCAGAGCUGACAUGGAUGCGCUUCCCUUGCAAGAGCUGGUUGAGUGGGAACAUAAGAGCAAAAUUGAAGGUAGAAUGCAUGGAUGUGGACAUGAUGCUCAUACCACAAUGCUUCUUGGUGCUGCUAAGUUGCUUAAUCAGCAUAAACACAACCUUAAGGGAACUGUGAGACUUAUUUUCCAACCAGCUGAGGAGGGAGGUGCAGGCGCUUCUCACAUGAUAAAGGAAGGUGCACUAGGCGACGCUGAAGCAAUAUUUGCAAUGCACAUUGCUAGUCAUCUACACACUGGGAGUAUAGCGUCACUGUCAGGUCCAGUCUUAGCUGCCGUGAGCUUCUUUCAUGCUACAAUAGAAGGCAAAGGUGGCCAUGCUGCAGAGCCUCAUGCUAAUGUGGAUCCAAUACUUUCCGCAUCUUUCACAAUUUUGGCAUUGCAACAGCUCAUUUCGAGAGAAGUUGAUCCCCUCCAGAGUGAUGUGCUAUCUGUUACAUUUGUUAAAGGUGGGACUGCCCUGAAUGUAAUUCCACCGUAUGUUGAAUUUGGUGGCACUAUAAGGAGCCUUACGACUGAGGGUUUGCUUCGACUCCAGAAGAGGUUGAUAGAGGUUAUUGAAGGCCAAGCGGCUGUGCAUAGAUGUACUGCAUAUGUCGACCUAAAAGAUGAUGAAUAUCCGAUGUACCCUGCUGUCGUGAAUGAUGAAAGAAUGAAUUUGCAUGUUCAGAGGAUCGGUAGUCUUCUUCUUGGUUUGCAGAAUGUCAAGACUGAUAACAAGGUGAUGGCCGGUGAGGACUUUGCUUUCUAUCAAAAAAUGAUUCCUGGAGUCAUGCUCAGCAUCGGAAUUAGAAAUGAAAAAUUAGGUUCAAUACAUUCACCACACUCGCCUCACUUUUUUCUCGACGAAGAUGUUCUUCCAAUUGGAGCUGCAUUACUCACUGCCCUUGCAGAGAGUUAUCUGAAUGAGCAUCAGCAAUCUUCUGCACAGUAAAGACCCAGAAUAUAGGACGCCGGUGGCGAUUUAAGGAUGUAAAUAGAACUCCUAGUAGGUUGUUUGCGGAAAUCAAGUCAAACUGAAUAACAAAUUAUAUUAUAAAGUCAACCUAACUCA